AUGAACGACAUGAGUGAAACGAAUAACUGUGUCAGUCGCUCCGCGUGCAACAGCAAGGGUAGCAUGAUUGUUGUUUCAAAUCGCCUGCCUUUUGUGUUAAAGAGAAAUGAGAAAACCGGUGAAUUAGAAAGGAAAGCCAGCGCCGGCGGUCUCGUGACCGCUGUGGCGCCGGUCGUCAUCCGGGGGAAGGGCAUCUGGGUGGGCUGGCCGGGCAUCCACCUGGACAACCCCAACGAGACCAUCCCAGAGUCCGACCCCAACGACAAGACCCCCACGGCGGGACUACUGUCCAGUAAGAUCGUUGCCAUCCACGCGGAGCCGAAGCUAUUUGAUAGCUACUACAAUGGCUGCUGCAACGGGACCUUCUGGCCCCUUUUCCACUCGAUGCCCGACCGGGCCACAUUCAUCGCGGACCAUUGGCGGGCGUACAUCAAGGUCAACGAGCAGUUCGCCGAGAAGACUAUGCACGCUUUGCAACUGCUCAAGCAGGAUUCCAGCAAUGAGAAGAGCUGCUCGCCCCCCAUCGUCUGGGUGCACGACUACCACCUAAUGUUGGCCGCCAACUGGAUUAGGCAGCGAGCGGAGGAAGAGGACAUUAAAUGCAAGCUCGCGUUCUUCCUGCACAUUCCGUUCCCGCCAUGGGACAUAUUCCGUCUGUUCCCGUGGUCCGACGAGGUGCUGCAAGGAAUACUAGGGUGCGACAUGGUCGGCUUCCACAUAACCGACUACUGUUUGAACUUCAUCGACUGUUGCCAACGCAACCUGGGUUGCCGUGUGGACAGGAAGAACCUGCUCGUCGAGCUCGGUGGCAGGACCAUCUGCGUGAGGCCGCUGCCGAUCGGGGUGCCCUUCGAUAGGUUCGUCCAGCUGGCGCAGAACGCGAAGACCGUCCUCUCCACCAGCCAGAAGGUGAUCCUCGGGGUGGACAGGCUCGACUACACCAAGGGCCUUGUCCACCGGCUGAAGGCCUUCGAGAGGCUACUGGAGAAGCACCCAGAGCACAUAGAGAAGGUCGUACUGCUCCAGAUCUCGGUCCCGUCGAGGACCGACGUGAAGGAGUACCAGGACCUCAAAGAGGAGAUGGACCAGCUGGUCGGCCGGAUCAACGGUAGAUUCACGACACCGAAUUGGUCACCUAUCAGGUACAUCUACGGCUGCGUGGGCCAGGACGAGCUGGCGGCGUUCUACCGCGACGCGGCGGUGGCGCUGGUGACGCCGCUGCGCGACGGCAUGAACCUGGUGGCGAAGGAGUUCGUCGCGUGCCAGAUCAACAGGCCGCCCGGCGUGCUGGUCGUCUCGCCGUUCGCAGGCGCCGGCGAGAUGAUGCACGAGGCGCUGAUAUGCAACCCCUACGAGCUGGACGACGCGGCGGAGGUGAUACACAGGGCGCUGAUAAUGCCGGAGGACGAGCGGAUAGUGCGCAUGAACCACCUGCGCCGCCGCGAGCAGCUGAACGACGUGGACAGCUGGAUGAAGAGCUUCCUCAAGGCGAUGGACUCUCUGGAGGAGGAGGCGGACGACAUCGGGGCCACCUCAAUGCAGCCGGUCACCAUCGACGACUUCGACGAGUACCUCUCCAAGUACAUCGGCUACACUCAGAAGCUGGCACUUCUAUUGGACUACGACGGCACCCUGGCCCCCAUCGCCCCCCACCCGGACCUGGCCACGCUGCCGCUGGAGACCAAACACACCCUGCAGCGCCUCUCAAACAUGUCCGACGUGUACAUCGCCAUCAUCUCGGGCCGGAACGUCAACAACGUCAAGGACAUGGUUGGAAUCGAAGGUAUAACUUACGCCGGCAACCACGGUCUGGAGAUAUUACACCCGGAUGGCAGUAAAUUCGUGCAUCCCAUGCCGAUGGAACUGCAAGACAAGGUCGUCGAGCUGCUCAAAUCGCUGCAGGAGCAGGUGUGCAAGGACGGGGCGUGGGUGGAGAACAAGGGGGCGCUGCUGACGUUCCACUUCAGGGAGACGCCGGUGGCGAAGAGGGCUGCCCUGGCGGAGCAGGCGCGGCGGCUCAUCACCGCCGCGGGGUUCACCCCGGCGCCGGCCCACUGCGCGCUCGAGGCGCGCCCGCCCGUGCAGUGGAACAAGGGUCGAGCAUCAAUAUACAUAUUGAGAACGGCCUUUGGAUUGGACUGGAGUGAAAGAAUCAGGAUCAUCUACGCGGGUGACGACAACACUGACGAAGACGCGAUGCUGGCGCUGAAGGGCAUGGCGGCGACCUUCCGCAUAGCGUCCUCGCACAUAACGAAGACGUCCGCCGAGCGGCGGCUCUCCUCCACCGACUCGGUGCUGGCGAUGCUCAAGUGGGUGGAGAGGCACUUCUCGCGCCGCAAGCCGCGCGCCAACUCGCUCACGUACAAGAGCGCGAGGAAGGCGCGCGACACGAUCCAGAUGCACAUGUCCUACCAGCCGCCGGCGAGGACCUCGCCGAAGCCCUCGCCGCCGCUCACGCCCGACAAGGCGUCGAGCGGCUCCGAGUCGAGC